GUAUCUUGAUAGAAACUUAGGGCUACGACACUGUAUCACGUGCGAUAAGGUAAUGUGACGGCGUGCGGAUAACGCGCUCAACACGCGGCGCGUCAAGUCUAGUGAGAUUGGAUCCUCCGCCCUUGAUUGAUGCCACGCUUUUCCCACCCUCGAAUGACCCAAUCUAUCUCUCUUAUACCCCCCAAGAAAGCAUAAUAGAUAUGAUUUUAUUCUCAAUUUCCACCCAUUAAUCCCAAUUCUCCCAUACGACUCAAUCAUGUCGACCCCCUCAACGCCGCGGACGGCGCGCUCCGCGUCUCCAGCGGCCAAUUCCCCAACAAUGCUCACACCAGGGCAAAAAAUUAAAGCAAUCCUCGCCGAAUUCGACAGCGACUCAGACUCAGACGACGGAAACAUCAAACCUCAACGAUCCAUUGCAAGAAUCACCGAAAGGCUCAAAAACAGCGGAGUCUCGGACCCACAACCCACCGUGGACCUGGACGAAGAGACCUCGGACGAAGAUGACGAUAUUAUCAUGCCCAAGGGCCGUAUGGUAGCUCGGCUACAGGCCCAGGACUCGGAAAAGAAGGAAUCUACUUUUGAACGAGUCUCGGGGAGCUUGAAAGAUGCGCAGAAACACGCGAAUGAUUCAGGUGCCGAUGAGCCGAUGUCUGACGGUGACGAUGACGAAGAUGACCUCCCUGUGGCUGGACCACGGAGGAAAACUGCUAAUGUGAAGGUGGUUGCUGAGCGUGAGGAGGAAGAUGGGUCUUGCUCACCGGCUCGAGCGCGCGCGUUCUCGCCUCUGUUUGUUUCUUCCCCGGCGCACGAGAAUGACCAGGGCCGGAAUGUGGAGGGGGAGGAGCAACAAAAUGAGGAUGAGCCCCGACCGAAGGCGAAUUCGCGGUUUCUUGCGCUUGUUGCUCAGAAACGGAAGGAGCGUGAGGAGAAGGAGAGGAUUGAAAAGGAGAAGAAGGAUGCCAAGGUGAAGCAACGACAACAGUUUAGCUCGGAGAUACUCUCGGGUGAAGAGAGUGAGGUAAAUGGUGAUUCGGGGCGGAAACUAUCGCAGCUUGCGCGUCCUGCGCGAAAAGCUAGCAAGAAGGCCCUCGAAGAGAUGACCCGGGAAACCCAGCGAAUGAGCAGAAACAUGCAAUUGGCUCAUGUGGCCCAGACAAAAAAAAAGAUCACUAAGGAGAGCUUUUUUGCCCGCUUCAACUUUGUGCCUGAGCAAGAGAAUGCGUUGGGCGCUGCGCCGGAUAACUCGUCGAGUACCGUCGAUUCGCAGAACUCUUCGGAUGUUGAAGCUCAUAAGACCAAGGAAACGCCGCCUACUUCACCCGUUUUGGGGCCGUCCAAAAAGCCCUCUGGCGACAAGGCAAAUAGUACGUCAAAGGAAACGCCAGCCGAAUUGCCGACCUUGGAGGAAAUGAUUGCAAAAGCGCCACGGGAACAAGAGCAGCCUAUUGUUGCCCAUGUUGAAGAUCAAGCGGCGGAUAAGCAACCAAUGGUAACUGAAAAGAGGAGGGAAAAGAAGGUUCUCACCAUGCCACCUAUCCGGGUUCGCCUUUCUCGCGAGCAGGUAGCUCAGAAUCAAAAGGACGACUCGGACAGUGACCUGGAGAUUGUUACAUCUCCUGCGAAAUGUCGGAGAUACGCGGCGUUCGAAAACCUCCCUACGAAAAGACUCCAGGAGUCGUCCGCUAUGCUGAAACUCAAAGCACUGGCUCAGCUCAACUCUCCACCUCGCAAGGGAAGCAUGAAUUAUGCUGAAUUAACCGCACAUCUAAAGCUCCAGGCCAGACAGCAGGCAGCUAAAGAAAGACAGGAGCGAAUUGAAGAGCUCAGGGCAAAGGGUAUCGUGGUUGAAAC